AUGAGGAGUUCAACCGUUUUUAGGGGAGGAGGGUGGAUGGAGGCUAAGAGAAAACCUUUCAGAAAUUGGGUUCCAACCUGGGAUUCUUUUCCUUCAGGUAGUCUUCAUCUUGGUAUGGGUCAGGAGAACGUUCGUUCGUUUUAUAUCUCUGAAUUUCCCGACACUACCAAGGCCAAGGACUUGUUUGGUCUGUUUGGUUGCAUUGGGUGUGUGGUGGAGUUUUCAAUAGCUCCUAGAAGGAAUAAGGUGGGCAAGAGGUUUGGUUUUGCGAGAUUUAAGGAUGUGUUGGACUCGAGGUUGUUGGCUGUUUCUUUAGAUAAUGUUAUUAUCUGCGGUAGGAAAAUUCAUGCCAACGAACCGAGGUUCGAGCGAAUGGCUCCAGUUGGGCGUUGUUUUGUAGGUGGCAAAAGGGGUUUAGGAGCAGGACCCGGGAAGGGGGUGGAGAGGCAAAGAGAUAGCAGGGUUGAGGGUUUCGGGUACAGGGGGAGGCAUGGAAACAGAUCUUAUGCAGAUGUGGUUGUUGAUAAGGUUCAGGAGCUCCCAGAGACUAGCAGGAAUCUUUUAGAGUUUUUUUCCUCGGUGGAGGUUAGGAACAGGUUGGGCAAGGCUUUUGUGGGGAAGGUGCUGAUUGCUGGCUCAACUUUUGGGAUUCAAACCAAGUUAGAAAUGGAGGGAAUUUUUGCCAUUAAAGCAACGCCUUUGGGUGAGUGGCUUUGUUUGCUUGAAGAAUCGGAAAGUGGCGUUAUAGACAGUCUGGUGGAGGAAGGUGAGUUAUGGUGGAAGAACUGCUUCGAGAAGAUCUCCAAAUGGGAAGAUUGCGAUGUCGACUCGGAAAGAUCUAUGUGGAUUAGAAUUUAUGGUGUUCCGAUUCAAGCCUGGAAUGCAGAUUUUUUUGUUAUGCUAGCAGAUUCUUUGGGCAAAUUCUUCUGCUUAGACGAAGGCACUGUUGGUGAUUCUUGCUUGGCGGUGGCAAGGAUGAGGAUUUUGGUUCCUCUUGACUUCAAGCUACCAGAUUCAGUGAUGGUGUGUAUUGACGGGAGGGAUUUUCGUUUGGUUCUCAGAGAGGACAGUGGCUUUCAUAACUCGACUGGGCAUCGCUCUAACUCUUCCGUGUCUGAUUCGAACCCGUCGGAAUCAGAAAUUUUCUCUGUGGAUAUAAUGGCAGAGUCGGAUGACGAGAUAGAGGAAUUUAGCAGUGCCCAGGUCGCUACGGGCUCUGUUAAGGAAGGUGAUCGCGUAAAGCAGGCGGAGUCAGCCGGAGAUUUAAACGUGGAAGGGAGAGUGAGUCCAGGGCGUGUUGUGUCUGUUCCGUCCAGGAGGGUAGCAGCUGGUUCACCGACAAGUUCUAAGUUAGAUUCUGGGAGCGCGGCCUCCAUUUGUAGCAAGGUUGAUGCAAAUGGUCUUCUGUCUGAAAAUUGUUCAGUUGACUCGAGCUCUUUCGUGAAGGAAUCGUUUGAUCGUACCUUUAUAAACGAUGACUUUACUGGCAGUGUCGCUAGAGAGGUUGUUGGGAGCGGAGAGGCGACGGGUAACGGCGGCAUCAAUAGCUCUUGCAGUAGAAAUCUCAUCGAUGUGAAAGGAGAUUCUGGAGCUUUUGACCAGGCGCUCUCGAUUAUUAAGGACAGACGGAGAUGCCGGAAGAAGAGAUCUAGUAUGCGGAAGCUGUCGGUUUGCGCCGGCUCUCUUCACAACAGAGCCACUAGGGUAGCUAAUUUUCAUAGAGGGAGGAGUUUGUUUUCCAAACAGCGGGCCACUGUUUCUCAUCCCGGCUUGGGGCCUUCUUCCCCUAAAGCCAUCAAAGGUUUCUCUCUUCCUUUGGAGCCGGUUCUGGAUCUAUCUAGGGGGGACAGAGUUGAUUCAUCCAUUGGUGGCACUGGCGAGAGCAUAGAUAUUAUUAACAAUAAUAGGAGACAGUGGAGUAUGCUUGAUCGAGAGGAUGGCACCAAGUUAUGGAAAGCUAUGGAGGCAUUGGGGGUUAUGAACAAAGGCAAAGAAGAGCAGACUAUACAGAGAAUUCAUUUGUUGGAGAAUGAAGCUAUGUCGAGAAAGAGUGGUAAGAAGGAGUCUAAAAUAGGUUUCCCAUGA